AUGAAGGCGUUGAGAGAUGAUAAGAAUUCCAAGAUCGGGAUAUAUGGAAUGGCUGGCAUUGGCAAGACAACAAUGGUGGAGGAAGUUGGUAAACAAGCUGAAAAAGGUCCUUUUGAUGAGGUCGCAAUGGCAGUUUUCUCCCAAAAUCCAGAUCCGAACAAAAUUCGAGGAAAACUUGCAGAUUGUUUAAAUCUUACACUAGAUAGAGAGAGUGAAGAAGGGAGAGCCGGUCAACUGUGCAAUAGAUUGAAGAACGGGAAAAAAAUCCUUGUAAUAUUGGAUGACGUUUGGGAUGAUAAGAUUACAUUGAAGAAAAUAGGUAUUCCAGCGGAUACAGAUGAUAAUAGCAUUGGUUGCAAAAUUUUGCUGACCUCUCGAAGAUUAGCAGUGUGCAAAAAGAUGGGGUUUGAAAAAACCUUCCAUAUUGGACUCUUAUCAGUAGAUGAAGCUUGGCACCUAUUCAAGAGAAUGGUCGGAGAUUUUAUUGAAGCUGAUCCUCAAAUUCAUUUUGUAGCGCAACAGGUGUGCAGAGAAUGUGAUCAUUUGCCAUUGGCAAUUUGUGCAGUUGGAGGAGCACUGAGCGGUUUGGAUGAUAAGCAUAUAUGGAAUGAUGCACUUGAACAAUUGAAACAUUGUCAGGGAUAUAAAAUUGAUGGAGUGGAAGAAAAGGUGUAUUCAUGCAUUGAGUGGAGCUAUAAGUAUCUAAAGCAGGCUGAUGUGCAGUCAAGCUUUCUACAUUGUUCUUUGUUUCUUGAAGAUACUGAGAUUCCUAUUGACCUUUUGGUGCCUUUGGGAGUAGGCACCAAGUUUCUUGAAAGCACAGAUACAACAUCAAUGAAACAAGCAAGAGAUAGAACACUUGUGAUAGUUGGUAUUCUCAAGAAAUCUAAUUUGUUGUUAGAAGGUGAAGAAGAAAACAAGGUCAAAAUGCAUGAUGUAGUUCGAGAUGUUGCUAUAUCAAUUGUAUCAAAAUAUCAUAAUGCAUUUCUAGUGAAAGAUGGUGUCAAUGUUUGGCUGGAAAAAGAUUAUUAUACUUGUUGCAAGGUAAUCUCAAUAAGGGCUUCCUACAAUGUUCGUCGGCUUCCCGAUCAAUUAGAAUGUCCAGAAUUACGCACCUUAGUAUUGGGAUCAUCCAAUGAUUCACUACUAGAACUCCCAAAUAGCUUUUUUGAAGGGAUAAAAAAGCUUGAAGUUUUGGUUUUGAACAAGAAGAAACUAGUACCAUCAUCACUGUCACAUCUGGUUAGUCUCCGGAUGUUGUGUCUAAGUGAUUGUGAAUUAGUGAACCUAUCUUUCAUCAAAGAAUUGAAAAACCUUGAGAUACUGGUCAUUGAUUAUGUUUAUGAAUUCAAAGAGAUGGUUGUGGAAAUAGGACAGUUGACUUGCCUACGGUUGUUGGAUUUAAGAGAAUUUAACAAAGAUAUAGAAUUUCCGUCGGGUUUUCUGUCAUGUCUAUCCGAUCUGGAGGAAUUGUACAUUUCGAUGAAAUAUAAUGGAUGGGAGGUUGAAAGCAAUGCAAGCAUUGUUGAGAUAAAUUGUUUGACUAGCUUAACCGCUUUAGAUAUUUAUAUACCAAAAGAUGUCUUCUUACUACUACCCAAGGACCUUCCCAACUUUCAGUUGUUAACAAAAUAUAAAAUAUGGAUUGGGUCUUAUCAUUAUUCUUAUUCAGUGCUUGACGAACACACAGAAACAAAGGUCUUGGGACUUGAUGGUAUUCCUUUAAUGGAUGGGCUUGACGUUUUGAUUGCGAACGCGAAAGUACUAUAUUUGGUUCAUUUUGAAGGUUCAAAGAAGGUGUUUCACAAAAGAGACGGAGAGUGGUUUUCAGACUUGAAGUUGCUUUUUGUUUGGGGAUGUGAGGACUUGGAUCCAUUGGGUUCUUUUGGUAAAUUGAGAGUAUUAAAAGUUGGCAGAUGUCGAUCAAUGAAGUAUCUGUUCUCUGCGUCCACUGCAAGAUGUCUUCCAAAACUGCAUGAACUAUCUGUUAGAGAAUGUGAGGCAUUGGAAGAAAUAAUUGGAGGUGAUGAAGAAGUCACGAAUAAAGUUACUUUUCAUCAGUUAAAGGAAUUGACGUUGAAUAAUCUGCCAAAUUUCAGAAGCAUUUACGCCAAUACGAAGAAGACAUCAACUACAGAGUCCAACACGCCUUCACCGUUAAACAACCUCUCUUCAAUGAAAAGGCUUCAGACUAAUCAAGCAUCAGGAUCAUCUCCAGCAAAUGGAACUGUAGAUGUCGGAAUCUCCUUAUCACCACCAUCAUCAUCAUCAGUAUCACUCCCACUGUCAGCCUCAUCAUCCUUUGCUCAUCUCUAUCAUUUUCAGCCACAAGUGACGGAUCUGGAGGGGCUGUUCAGCAUCAAUGAUGACAUCAAUUCUACACCAGGAUCAACUGAAGCCAGUCCAUCUCAUUCAGUUCAAGGGUUAGAUAAAUCUGUUAAAUCUACUUCAGAACCUGAUGAUCAUAGAGAAGUUACUUAUCCAGGAUUACAAAAACAGGUUCAAGCUGAAAACAUUAUUGGUUUUCCUCAGGCUGGUGUUCAGACAAGAAACAAGAAGAAACUCACUAAAUUAGAAGCUGAUGAUGGAGAAGAAUACAGUCAUUUUGCAAUGCUAUCCUCUAUUGAACCAAAAUCUUACUCUGAAGCACAGAAAAGUGAAGAUUGGGUGGUUGCUAUGAAAUAA